AUGAAACGUUCAAAGCCAGAAAGGGAACUAACUGAGGAGGAACGUAAUGUUGUGAUAUCAGUGCGUCAUUGUGCCCGCGAACUAGAUGAUAUUUUACAAGGAGCACGCAGAAAAGCCCAAUCAAAUGCGAAAUUAUUUUCGGAAACAGGAAUCAGUGUUAUGUUUCGAGGUGUUGAUUCGUAUGCAGACAUGUAUGAAAAGUUGGCUGUUAAGUCAAGAGAUGCCUUAGACAGGCUAUUUUCAAAAUUCUCUGAGUGUGAAGAAGUUCAGGAUACUCAGGAUGCAAUCGAAGAAACUGAAGGAAACUGGAGAAAUUUUCUGUCUAAUCUUGAUAAGGAAGUUAUGCAUGAAGAAAAUGAAAAUGGUAAGAUGGAAUCAUCGUCAAAAUCUGAUGUAAAGUGCAAUUACUUAUUCCUACCAUCCAUACCAUUUGUUGAUUGGCAAACUAAUCGUGAAGUUAACUUGCAACACUAUGUUCAACAAUAUAUGUGCCUCGUAGUGAUUUGUCAACCUGCUUACUGGCCAGAUACUUCUGUAAGAUGGCGUUAUUCUGAAGUUUUGAAGGCUCAGUGUGAUCUUUCUCAGUUCAAAGUUGGUUAUGUAGUUGUUACCUGGGGUCCUCCAGAUGCAGUACGCAGUUGGUCUAAACAAGUUGCACGAGUUACGAAAUGGCCAGUUUUAUGGGAUAAAUCUGGUGAUUUUAGAGCUAAAAUUGGUUUUAAAUCAGGAUUACACCGUGUAUGGGCAGCUGAAAACUUGGAUUUUCUUGGCUGUCAACGUUCAAUGCAUCAUCGACCAAUUCACCCUCCUCCAACUGACAUCAAUUGGUUAGAAUGGAAACAGAUUGGCGGUGAAUUAAUUCUAGCUCAGCCUGUAUUAUGGGAUCCUAAAAAAACAAUGAGACCAGAAAUGUAUACAACAAGUACAUCUGAAUCAGGCAUGAAACGUAAACGCAACACUAACGAUAGUGACAGUAAUGAUGAUAGUGAUGAUGAAGGAGAAGCAAGAUCUAAGUCGAAUAGAGAAGAAUCUCAUAUAACCCCAUUGAAAGCUUCAAUACAAGAAGCACUUCGUGAUAAAGAAGCAAUGAGUUUAAAUCAAACUAAAGUGUGUACACUGCAUUUAAGCACUCGGAUCUCGGAUAUCCUACCUUCUGGUUCAAUCUAUCAAGCUGCUUUAACAUGUUAUGCUCGUGCACAUAACACUACUGAAAGUGAAGUGAUGGAUAAAAUUCGAAGAGAUCGUAGAUUUUCCACACCACCUGAGUCAGCUAGAUUACAAUAUGAAGCUACAACAGGCUUAUACUAUGAUCCAGAAACUUCACUAUACUACGACUCACUUAGAGGAUACUUUUAUGAUUCACCAAGUCAAAUGUAUUAUUACUGGUCUCAAUCUGAAGGUCGUUAUAUUCCAGCGAAUACUUUGAUUCAAGCGGAAAUAGCUGCUGCACAAGUAGCUCAAGCAGCAGCAGCUCAGGCAGCUGCUGAAAAAGCUCACGCUGAACGAGAAGCGGCUAGAAAAGCUGCAGCGUGUGUAGCAGCUCAACUAGCUGAAAUACGUGCUGGUAAAGAUGAUUAUGCCGCGUAUGCCUAUGCAACAUGUGUACUGCCACAACAAGAAUCGUUAAAUUUAGAUUAUACAAAUAGUAAUUCAAACACUACAGAAGAAAAUAAUCAACUAAAUUUUGUUUAUCAGAAUACAACAGCUGCAGCAAGUCAAAUUGAAGCAUCAUUGAAAGCAUGGAAUGCAGAAAAUGCUAGUAGAAAUAAUACUGGCAAUGCUGAAAUCCUGUCUUCUCAACCUCUUGUCCCUUAUACAGAUGACAACACGGAUAUUGAUAAUCGUGAUUCUACACCUCCUCCUCCAGGCUUGUAA